AGAGCAAAAAAGCGGGAUCGUGUGUGAGUGAGGCUUCUUCGAGAGAGAACGCAAUCCCAUAAUCCUUUGGAUUCAGCUUUUAGUUACUCUUUCUUUGGCGGAGUCUCCAAUCCAUUACACUACUAAACAACAAGAGAAAACAGUGGAACACCGACAACAACGACCAAGGAAAAAGCAAUGGCAAAGAGAAGCCAAUCAGCGGAAACGAAGGCAUCCCAUCUUGUCGAUUUUCACUGUUCUUGAUGCUAUAGAAAGAAAACAGAGUUUGAGAAGAGAGAGUUGUGGGAAGGAUAGAAAAUGGGAGUAUUGCAUGAGGAUGCGGUGGUAAUCAGUGAGGCUGAGAAGCCUGGAGAGUCCACUGUGAUCACUGUGAAUUGCCCUGACAAAACUGGGCUUGGCUGUGAUUUGUGCAGGAUUAUCUUGCUCUUUGGGCUAAGUAUUUCUAGAGGAGAUUUGCAAACGGAUGGGAAAUGGUGCUACGUAGUGCUUUGGGUGGUGGGGAAGCCAAACACAAGGUGGAGUUUGUUGAAGAAGAGGCUACUGGAGGUAUGCCCUUCAUAUUUUUCAACAUCUGAAAUCUCCUACUACAGGCCACAGAACCAGGAGCCAAAGCAGCCAGAUGUGUUUCUCUUGAAGUUCUGGUGUUCUUAUGACCGAGAAGGCCUUUUACAUGAUGUAACUGAGGUUCUCUGUGAGUUGGAGCUGAUCAUAAAGAGAGUGAAGGUGUCCACUGCCCCAGACGGGAGAGUGAUGGACCUCUUUUUCAUCACAGAUACUAGGGAACUCCUUCACAUGAAAAAUCGGCAAGAGGAAACAAUUCACUAUUUGAAGGAUGUAUUAGGAGAUGCCUUGAUAAGUUGUGAGAUUGAACCAGCUGGUGCAGAAGUCACUGCAUGUUCCCAAGGUUCAUCUUUUCUUCCUUCUGCAAUCACAGAAGACAUGUUCAGUUUGGAGCUGCCUGACCAACGCCGAAAUGGAUUUCUUACCCCCAACCCUGUAACGGUUACAGUGGACAACACCCUGAGUCCUUCUCACACGCUUAUUCAAAUUUUCUGCGAAGAUCACAAAGGUCUUAUGUAUGAUAUGAUGAGAACCCUUAAGGAUUAUAACAUCCAGAUUUGUUAUGGAAGAUUUUUUGCAAGCACAAAAAGGAACUGUGAAGUGGACUUGUUCAUAAUGCAAGCAGAUGGCAAAAAGAUAAUUGACCCCAAUAAACAAAAUGCAUUGUGCUCUCGAUUGAGAAUGGAGCUUCUCCACCCCCUUAGAGUUGCUGUUGUUAGCCGUGGUCCUGAUACAGAGCUGCUUGUUGCUAACCCUGUUGAGUUGUCUGGAAGGGGCAGGCCUCUUGUCUUUUACGAUAUUACACUGGCUCUCCAAACUCUAAGUAUUGGCAUCUUCUCAGUGGAGAUUGGGAGGCACAUGAUUCAUGACCGGGAAUGGGAAGUGUAUAGAAUACUGCUUGAUGAAGGGGAUGGAUUUACUGUUUCCAGGAACAAGAUUGAAGAGGGUGUUAAAAAAAUACUAAUGGGUUGGGAUUAGAAUUGGAUACUUAUUUCAAUUGGGAGUCUUCACAACCAUUGUACAGCAUAUUUUCUUAGCCUUCUGGAGUCUAUACAACAGCUAGUCGCCAACCACAUACAAAAUGUAAAUCAUGAAAUGCCUUAAAAUAGAUAUGGUAAGCUCUUUGAUUUCCUAGCUCUGGAAUGGCGUUUUCUGAGGUAAGGUUUGGUUUCCCUCAUUUACCAGCAUGUUUCCUGCUGGACCACAGGUUGAUAAGCCAAGAACAUCUUAAAUGCUACAGUAAUACUCUUUCAGCUUAAGAUCAACCAUUACAUGAACAAGAGCAUUCGCCUUAAGCUCUGGUUUCAGUAAGCCCUCCUUCGCUAUGUGUGAUCUUUGGUUCUCCUCCUUGCUGCUGCCACUAAUCUAGUUACCCAACAGAUGCUUAAUUGAAUCACUCCCAAGUCCCAAAUGUCAAAGAGAUGAUUAUGGACUCAGGCUACAAAUAGAAUUCUUCAAUGAUCGGAUAUUGCUCUAAGUGUAGGAGGUGAUGGGUUCAAAUUUUAGUACUCUUUUCCCUUUAAAAUGUUGAGGUAAAGGGAAACUGCAAUCCUCCAGGCUAUUAGUUCUCUAAGACCGGUUGUUUGCAUUAGUUGUCCUUGUUUUUGCAUCCUUUGGUGGUUACCAGUUUCUUACCAGCUGUGGUACGCAAUAGGGUGUUUGGUUUCGGUUCUAGUCUUAGUUUGCUUAAGAAUUGAUACGAUUCAAAAUUUAGAUAUGGUUCUAAUUAGAUUUUUUAAUAUUUUAGUCUA